GAAACGAGCAGGUAACUCGAAGCAUCCCCGUCCCUAUACAACAUGAACACCUUCGCCGCCCUUGUGCCCUGUCUGGUCCUGCUCGCCACCUGCUGCCAGGCCGGCUACGUGGCCCCACACGUCUACCACGCCGCCGCCAUCCAUGUCCCCGUGGCCACGACGGUAGUGCGUCAACCGGUGGUGGUGCACCACAGCGACGUGGCCUACGUUCCACCACACGCACACGGAUACACCAUCAGCCAAAAGAAGGUCGUCCACCCCAAGACCACCGUCACCAAGCAUGACCCCUUCUUCGGCACCUACCACCAGGCCGAGGUGCACCACGCUCCAGUGGUGACCGGCUCUCAGAGUUCCGUGCACCAGAGCCGAGGUGGGCACUUCGUGCACCGCCCUGUCGGCACCGUCGUCUACUAGAAACUCUUCCAUUUCAGAAUCACCCCCUUCAUUCCAUACUGAGACUAUUUGAAGCGCAAUAAAUGCAACUAACUCUA